ACCGAACUUUGGACGCUAGCGUGAUAAUGAUAUACCAACAAUGUUUUUGCUAAUGAUAAUAAUUGAGAUAGGAUGAAGUAGAAAGUAGAAAAUAUUUGACGAAGUGUUUCAUAUACUACCCCCAGAAGUAAGUGGACUUUGGGGCUUGAUCAUCGACGAUAGGACUUGACGAACUCGGUUUAUCUUUGCACUUAUUUUUCUUGUUUGAUUAUUUCGUUAUUCUCAUUAAAAGUUUCUCUUGACAUCUGUGGUAUAAGCACGAAAAGGUCCCUGCUGUGGCGAGGAUAAUAAUUGGAGAUUCCGUUAAUGAGGAUAGUUAUUUAGCAAGCGUGGAUAGUGAUUUGAAAUAAUGAGCGAAAAGUUAAAGGAGAAGAAUACAACGGAGAUCGUUGUUUCGACGAACGGCGCAUCUUUCACGCAGACAACAACAUCAGAGAAACGAUGUUGCGGUGGUCUGUGCUGCGGACAGGGUCUUACGAUUGGUAUAUUAGUAUGUAUAUACUUCGUACUCGUGUUACCCCUCGGCCUGUUCUUGGCGAUGGUUGGAGGACAAAAGCGUCCGCCUUUGAUAGGCAUCGGGCUAGCAGUGAUAUUCGGGCCACUAAUAUUCUUCGUAAUUGCGUGUUUCGUGGAGACAAAGAGACGGAGAAAUCGAAAUCAGUUCGAGACUAGAUUGAGAAUGAACUCGAUUGAGGAGGGUUCAACGCCUCCAUCUUCGCCUAGUUAAAUGCCAAUAAAGGUUUUAAGUGGUAAUUUUUCGACGCAUUUUUUUCUGGGAUUCUUACGCAUUCCCGUAAAGACGUUGCUUCGUAUCAUCAUGACUCGCGCAGUUCGAAUCUGUGUGCCGAAUUUUACCGAAUGAAUCCGAAAACCAUCGAUGGCGUCACAUAUAAAAGACUGCAUCAUACUUUCAUUUCUUACUUCUGUUUGCUAUGCUGCUUUGGAGAGCGAAGUUGCAAAAGAAAGAAAUAAUGACUUUUAAGUGCCAGAUAAAUGUCUCUGUCAGUUGUACUUUGACCCAAGUUAUACAUUCCAAUCGUAUACCAUCGUUAUUUUACAUGAUUAUUGAUAUUAGAAAUAUUAUUUUGUAAAUAUUCUGAAAUUGAAAGAUAAUAUACAAAAACAAGCAAAUAUGACAAAAAUCUAUGUGUGCUGGAUAUAUAGAUGUGUAAUAAUUUAAAUUGUUUGUGACGAUCAAGGAGCUGGAGAUGUACAGCGUUGUGGUAUGCAGUUCUUUUAGUAAACAUGAAAUGUUUACAUUCUAAAACGGUGUAUUUGUAUUAUGCAGUUUGCACAAGGCUUCGCCAGUAUUACUGCAAUGCAAACUGGUUGAACCAUUCAGCUUGUGUUGUAAAUUACGGUAGCCUGUUUGAACGAAGAGUCUUGCUCCGGUUUAAAAGAAAUUUCGUUCCAAUGCAAUAAUACUUCCCCGCCUUGGAUCUUCUUCUUAAGACCAAUGAUCGAACACAUUAUAAUAUGUGGAGCCUAAACGGCUGAUAUAAAAUUAAUGAUUUUCCAUCCAAGCCUUUUUUCCUUACCAUCAUUCCAUGCUUUGCUUUGAAUAAUUAAUACUUGCAAAGAAAUGUAAAUUUGUAGAUUUAUUUUGUGUAUACACAAAAUGUAUAGUUGUUACUAAUUUUCCCAAAUUUGUAUAUAAUAAACUUGUGCAAUGAUUGUUUUACUAUGAAUUAUUAUAGCAUUGAACUUUGAACUUUACGGUCUGUAUCAUAUUGGUAAAGCAAUGGAGUCUGUAUACAUAUAAGGCAGUAACCCGCAUGCAUAUUAAUGUAUAUAGGUUAAUUCUACGUAUACAGACUCCGAUUGAAUGAGUAGAAUUAAAUUAAAAAUGAAUGUAUAUAUAGAUUACAUAAAUAUUCUGUUUGAUUAAGAUGUCGAUAUAGGCUAAUUCAAGCUACGUGAAAUAAGCUUAUAACCACUGUCAAUUAUAUUAAACGUACAUAAAUGGUCAUAUCA